AUGAAGGCGCGACCAGAGCCUCGGGGACGAGACUGCGUGCGGGAGACCAGAGAGGACCCCGCGCAGGCCCGCCGCGCUGCCCUGCAGGGCACCGAGGAGGAGGGAAGGGAAGACCUCCCCAGGCUGAAGGGUCCCCAAGCCGCAGGGCCGGUCCGAGCCGCGCUCCGAAGGAGCCCUCUGCACAGAGCCCGGCGCCUGAGCGAAGGGAGCGGGAAGCGCGACGGGGGCGGAGCAGACGCCGGGAAGACUUGGGGCGCAGGAGCCGCGGCGGGGGCGCGGAGGGGAGAUGCGCGGCGGGCCCGGGGCGGGGAGAUCGGGGGCUCCGGGGGGCUUCGGGGGCGGGGAGAUCGGGGGCUCCGGGGGCAGGGGCCCGGGGGCGGGGAGAUCGGGGGGCUCCGGCCGGCGGGCUCCAGGCGGCGCGGGGGAGGACCGCCGCGGCUCCGCGGGAGUCAAAGCCACCCGCCCGCGUCGCUCUGGUUUUCAGACAAACCCAGUCAGAGGAGUCGGCGGCCAGGACGCCUCCACGCGCCCUCCGUCUCCUCGGCAACGGGCAGCGUCCCCGCGCCGAGGGCCUUAGAGCCCCGCCUCGUCGUGCCGACGCGAGGUGACGCACUUCCGGCGGGAGUCCCGCCUCCUCCCGCCAGGAGGCGUGACCGCGAGCUCCGCGCCCCGGCCCCACUGGUCUCGGGUCCCGGCGGCGUGGCCCCCUUUGCCCGGUCCGCACGAGCUCGGUCCUCGGUGGCCUCCUGGGUGCCAGGGUCUCGGCGCCCAACCGGACAAGCAUCCCGGCUCCUUCCAGUCCAAGCGCCGCUGCUCGGCUCCGCGCCCCCGGCCCGCGGCGCGGUGACAGGUCCGCGGAGGCCGCCGCCGCCUUCUGACGACGUGUACUACACGCUGUUCGAUGUGAACGCGCCUUCCGUCGGCGUUUGGCGCAGAGGCGCCACAGGGUUGGAUGGCUCUGGGCUUGGACGCUCGGCAAGGCUAGAGGCCAAUCCCCAGGUCUCCAGGCGCCAGGGCUGCAGCCGGCAGGUUCAAGGCGGGCAGGGGGGGCGACUGGACGACCAGACAGGUCCCCUCCUGGCCUGUUGCUCCAGAGGCAACAAGUGUCUGAAUGCCUUGCCCCUGCGGAGUGGCCCGUGCAGUGAUUGGGGCGGGACGCCCCAGUCUGCAGGGUACCUGAGGGCUUCCAUCUCGGCCGAGAUUCAGGUGAUGACAGCCCUGUCCUUCCUUCGGGCCUUCCACCAGCAGGUGUUUUCUUGCUGAGUCAAGUUGGGGUUCCUGGGUGCUCUGUCUCAGGGCUUCCUCCCAGUCGCUAAUGGGUCACACUCCCCAGCACCCAGAAUGUCCACCUUUGUCUUAGCCAGAUCUGCUGCAUGACAGGAGCCCGUGAUGCACCAAGUUUUGCCGGUUGACUGUGCCCCACAUGGUGUCCCUCAGACAGCAUCGCUGGGCACAGCUGGAGGCACAGGGAAAGGAGUGGCGGCCGCCUGUCGCACGUCAUGUCAGCGUCGUGUAACUGUGUUCUUCUGAAUAAAGGCAACUUGCCAACCUCCUAGCUAAAUGGGAUUGGAUCUUUAUGGCUUUUAAAAGUUUUUCCAAUAAAAUAUUCACAAAUAGGGAAAACUUCUUGUUUUUAUGCUGUCCUAACGUAUGUUUUGGAAGUCGUUCUGCCCUCCCAGAGCUGGCGUUUCCUUGAGACCAGAGAGACUAGUGCCCAACAAAACAGACCCAGACGCCUGCCUGUUUGCUUGAGGUGGUUAGACGCUAAAAAUGUAAAACUGCCUUUUAAAAACCGUUUU